AUGUGUGAGUUUAGAAAUUAUCAUUCAUUCAUAAUGCAUGUAUUGUUAUAAUGGCAGUUUUCUUUCUUUGAUAUGUCAUUAUGCCCUUCUUCAGUUUACAGUCACUCUGAUCAUAUUAAUUGGUGAUUUUAUGAUUUAAAAAUGCAUGCACAUGCAUGUGCAUAUGCAUAAGUGCAUGUAUAUAUAUAUAUAUCUGUAUCUUGCUGAUGCUAUUUUUACUUCAUUAUUUCCCUGUACAGCAACCUUGAGCUGUAGUGCAGUUUAUAAAUAAAGCAUAUUAUUAUUAUUUGCAUGAUCUGCCCCACAUAUGCAUUACACAAGGGAAACACUUGGUUCUGAGGUGAUGCCCUCAUUCAUAAGUGAAAACAGCCCUACAUCUCCCAGACCUUGACAGUAUUUUUUGCCUUCAUAUUCUAUAAGCGCUUCAUCUUUUAGACUUACAGUCCUCGUUCUUCAUUCUUUAAUUUUUCUUUUGUCUUCUGUGCAUUUACAUAGUGUGAUGAUGGUGUGAAUUAUAAGUUAUUUUAAUCAUGGGUGAGGCUGUUUCACACACCAUAUAGGCGCGUGAUCGUCAGUGGCGAGUGACGUAUGAAAGGGCGCGAGGCACGUCUCUGCUACCAUGGUAACAUCAAACGAUACAGAGGAACUGAAACGGUAUGUCUCAGAGUCAGUCUUCACGGAGACUCAGGAGCGUGUAUCCUCCGGCGAGGCCGGUGAACGCCGCCGCUGACGGGCAGAAAAUGCGCAGCAUCAUCGCGGAGGAUCCUGAUUGGUCGCUGGCGCUGGUUCCUUUUCUAACAACACUCUGCCUACAGCAUAUUAUAAAUCACUUUGAAGAGAACCCCAUUUUGGAUGAACUCAUGCCCAACUAUAAAGCAUAUGUCCUCCAGCGACUGCCAGCGUCUCUUCCCUUGACCGUCACCGCAAACCUCAUCAGUGAUGAGAGCUAUUGGAAGCGUUGCUGUGAAGGUCGUUGGCGUGUCUGCGACGUCUCCACAUACGACAACAGCUGGAAACGCAUGUUCUUCGAGCGUCACCUAGAGAGCAUCAUUGAACUCUUCAUCCCAGAUGCAACCGACACCAAGACAGUCCUGGAUCUGGUGCCACUGUGUCAAAACUACGUAAAGCGUCUUAAUGUCUCUCAGCUUCUGCCACCCAUCAAAGAGCCGCCCAGGUUUGACGAGGACGACGGUUCGGAUUGUGCCAGCGAUAUGGGCAGUGAAGGACCCUCCAUGGAUCACUUUGAUUUCCGCAUGCUGCUCGACAAACUGCCGAACCUGGAAGAGCUCAGCGUGGUGUAUGGAGUGAAAGGAUGCGGCAUGAACUUUGAGUGGAAUUUGUUCGAGUUCACCUUCAGAGACUGCGAAUCCCUGGCAAAAGCCCUCAAUUCCUGCAAGACUUUACAGGUCUUCAGGAUCCAUCACAGUAAGGUGGACGAUGAGAAGUGUUGCAUGCUCGUGAGUCAAUUGCUGGAUCACCCGUCCCUGCAGGAGCUGGACUUUUCACAUAAUCACAUCAGCGACCGUGGAGCCCGAGCCAUCGGGAAACUUCUGAACCGCAGUCAGCUGAAGAGGCUGGUCAUCUGCAACAACCAGAUAAGAGGUUCAGGAGCUCAGGCACUGGCUCAUGCUCUGGCCAGAAACGCCACCCUGACGUCCCUCAACCUGAGGCUCAACCGUAUUGGGGAUGAAGGGGGUCAAGCUCUGGCUCAGGCUUUGAUGAAGAACAAGACCUUGGUGAACCUUCACCUGGGGGGAAAUAACAUGACAGAGCCCACGGCUGUGGCGCUUUCUCAGGCCUUGGUGGAGAACUGGACCCUCAAGAGCCUAAACCUGUCCAACAACAGACUGGGAGUCGAUGGCGGGAAGCUUCUGGAGGAAGGGAUGUCCCACAACAGCAGUCUGGUGGAGUGUGACAUUCGGCUGACACAUGUGGGUCAGGAUAGUGAGUACUGCAUCGCUCAGGCUCUACGCGCCAAUCAGAUCCAGGCUGCUCACAAAAAUCAAACACAACUAUGAUCCCAAAGCCAAAGUCUGAGCCAUACAUGCUGUGCCUGCCAGUGAAGAACUGCUGAAAACAAAUAAAAAAAUGACCAAAAUUGCUCUAUAUGUAUUAUUCUUAAACAAUGAACCGCAGCAAUGCUUAGAAUAACAGGGGUGUGUUUCCCAAAAGCAUCGUUAGCCAACUAUGGUCGCAAGUUCUGUUGAAUUGUGUUGGUAAUGACGGAACUUGCGACUACAGUUGGCUUCGGGAAACUCAUCCCAGAAUGAUAUCGUACGCUGGUGUGGAUGCUAAUAUGGUUAUCGUUGUAGUUGUCCUUGGUCUGAAAGGGCCUUUAAAGGAUUAGUUCACACCAGAAUUAAAAUUUCCUGAUAAUUUACUCACCCCCAUGUCAUCCAAGAUGUUCAUGUCUUUCUUUCUUCAGCCGAAAAGAAAUGAAGGUUUCUGAGGAAAACAUUCCAGGAUUUUUCUCCAUAUAGUGGACUUCACUGGGGUUCAACGGGUUGAAGGUCCAAAUGUCAGUUCAGUGCAGCUUCAAAGAGCUCUACACGAUCCCAGACGAGGAAUAAGAGUCUUAUCUAGCGAAACCAUCGGUCAUUUUCUCAAAAAAAAAAAUAUAUAUAUACUUUUUAAGCACAAAUGCUCAUCUUGCACUGCUCUGUGAUGCGUCAUGCAUUACGUAAUCAUGUUGGAAAGGUCACGCGUGACGUAGGCAGAAGUACCGAUCCAGUGUCUACAAUGUGAGUCAAACACCCUUUACAAAAAUUUUGAAGUUGGAGAAGAAAAUGAGAUGGACCGCAGUACUUCCGUCUACGUCACGCGUGACCUUUCCAUUUUUAUUUUUUUAGAAAAUGACCGAUUGUUUCUCUAGAUAAGACC